AAAGAAAGUUCUAUAAAUUUAUUUGGUAAAAGAAAAAGUUACAAUAUUGUUUCUUAGAAAACUUAAAGAAACAAUAUUUUCUAGGAAUACCAAACAAAAAUAAGAAGUGUUGACUCCAUUGUUACGGAGUAAAUUGUAUCAGAGGUAUUUGUUUCUUUGGAGUCAUGACGACCAUUCAUUUUCCGUUUAUUGUUUGAAUUAUUGUCUUCCUUUUAUUGGUCUACAAACAACUAGCACAGCAAGAAUACUUCUGCAAAAACUUUGAGAAAACUUUAGUGUAGAGGAAGAAAAUUGUGUGAAGGAGAGCAAACUGCAACAAUGGCUGACCCUGUAAUUGGUGCUACUGUCCAAGUUUUGCUUGAGAAGCUGCUUUCUCUCACUAUCAAGGAAUUCAGUAGCUCAAGGGACUUCAACAAAGAUCUGGAAAUGCUUACACAAAAUGUAUCCAUGAUCCAAGCUUUCAUUCAUGAUGGUGAAAGACCACAUAAUCAGGAACAGGCUGUGGAACAAUGGCUUAAGAGGCUUGAGAGAGUUGCUGAAGAUGCUGAAUAUGUAUUUGAUGAAAUCAGAUAUGAAUCUCUCAAAGCACAAGCGAAGCGAAACAAACCGAUGAAAAAGGUCCGUAACUUCUUUUCUGAUAUAGCUUUUAGGGUCAAAAUGUCUGGAAAAAUCAACAAAAUCACUGAAGAGCUGAGGGCUAUCAAUCAGUCGGCCAAAGACCUCGGUCUCCAAUCACUGAUAGUUCCUUCUCGGCAAAUACUACCAAUUCGAGAAACAGAUUCCUUAAUAGUUGCUUCCGAUGUUGUGGGUAGAGACAACGAUGUUGCUGAAAUAAAGGAGAUGAUGUUGAACAUCAGAGAGGAAGAUGAUUUCCGCACCAUUCCCAUAGUGGGUAUGGGGGGUUUGGGGAAAACAACUGUGGCUAAGAAAAUUUUCAAUGAUGAAGAAAUCAAGCAAAAAUUUGAAAAGAGAGCUUGGUUGUGUCUACCUGAAAUGCGUGAAAGGUCAGAAAUGAAAAGCUUUCUUGAGCAGUUCCUCGAAUCAUUGACAGACAGGAAACUUGAGGUCCAAAGAAGGGAUACAAUUGUCAAGAAGCUACAAGAUAAAUUGGGAGGAAAAAGGUAUUUGCUUGUCCUAGAUGAUUUGUGGAAGGUUGACUCGACACUGUGGCAUGAGUUUGUGGACACCUUGAGAGGAAUAAAUGCCUCCAGAGGAAACUGCAUUCUCGUGACGACUCGUAGGGAGCUGGUGGCAUCCACAGUAGCAGGAGCAGUAGAUCUUCAUAUGCUGAAAAACUUAGCAGCAGAUCAUUGUUGGUCCAUUUUCAAACGAAGAACAUUUCCCGAUGGGAAGGUUCCAGAAGAAAUGGUGAGCAUGGAAAAAAGGAUUGUUGAGAUGUGUAAAGGUCUACCCUUGGCUGCAAGUGUGUUGGGAGGCCUCUUAUGCAACAAGGAAAAACAUGAAUGGCAGGCAAUUCUUGAUGGCAACCACCUUGUUGCAGGUGAAGAUGAUAAUAGGGAAAAUAGCAUAGAGAAAAUCCUAAAACUCAGCUAUGAUUAUCUGCCAUCUCCACAUCUGAAAAAGUGUUUUGCUUACUUUGCAAUGUUUCCAAAAGAUUUCAAGUUUGAAAAGAACCAACUAAUCCAGCUCUGGAUGGCAGAAGGCUUUCUCCAUCCAUGUCAAGAGACCACUGCGAUGGAAGACGUCGGGAACAAGUUUUUUCAACUGUUGUUGCAAAACUCCUUGUUGCAAGAUGUUGAGCUAGAUGAGCACAACAACAUAACACAAUGUAAGAUGCAUGAUCUUGUGCAUGAUUUGGCUGGAAAAAUCUUAAAAUUUAAACUAUUUGAUCCGAAGAGCGUUGGAGGAGAAAAUCUUUCUCAAGUUCGAUAUUUUGGAUGGGAGUCACCAAGUGAUCAAAUAGAUAAGGUAAAUGAGCCAAGGCGUUUGUGCACAUUGUUCUGGAGAAGUGAUAUAUCUAAAGAUAUGCUAUUGAGCUUUCAGUUUUUGAGAGUUUUAAAUUUGUCCAAGUCCCGCAUCGAGGAGUUGUCCGCCUCAGUCGGCAAGCUAAUAUACUUGAGAUAUAUCGAUCUCUCCAACACUGAGAUCAAAACCUUGCCCAACUCCAUUUGCAAGCUCUACAAUUUGCAAACGUUUAGAGUCAAUAACUGCUACUGUCUCAAGGAGCUUCCAGAGGAGAUGGGAAAUAUGAUAAGUUUGAGACACAUAUAUUACAACUCUACGUUUUUUAAUAAUCACUUUCAGAUGCCACUUAAGAUGGGACAAUUGACUUGUCUUCAAACCCUACAGUUUUUCAAGGCCGGUUUAGAGGAAGGUCGUCGAAUAGAAGAAUUAGGUCCUUUGAAAAACCUUAGAGGUAAAUUGACCAUCAGCAGACUGCAAUUGGUACGUAAUAGAGAAGAAGCUGGAAGAGCAUAUCUACAGGAGAAACCAAAUAUCUACAAGCUGGCAUAUUUAUGGUCCCAUGAUGAACCAGAAGGCUGUGAAACCAACGAUGAGCACGUGUUAGAUGGUCUUCAACCGCAUCAUAACUUGAGAGUCUUAGAGGUGGUGGACUAUUUGGGAACUAGAUUUCCUUCAUGGUUCAGUGAAGAAUUGUUACCAAAUUUGGUCAAGUUGAAAUUAAGUGGUUUCGAAAAGUGCAAGGAAAUUCCUUCACUUGGUCAACUGGAACCCCUACGGCAUCUUGAGCUGAUAGGGUUCCAUGAGGUGGAAUGUGUUGGACCUAAAUUUUAUGGUGUUGAGGUUAACAAUAUUGGAUCAAGCAGCAAUAACGCCAACGUCCAAGUGUUCCCAUUACUCAAAGAACUAGCAUUGAAGGAUAUGCCUAGGCUUACUGAGUGGAAGGGAGUGGAAUUGUUACCAACAAGAACUGGCGGUAGAGACGGACUUGGAGUGAGAAUAUUUCCUGUGCUUGAGAAGUUGAUCAUUAGUAAGUGUCCACUGUUAAAAAGUACUCCGAAUCAAUUUGAAGUCCUACGUGAAUUAAAUAUUGAAGGAGUUGACAGUGCAAUGCCAUUGUUGAACUUGUGCAGCAACUUGACAUCUCUCGUAGAGCUUAGUGUUGCUGGUGUGAAAGAGCUCACUUGUCUUCCAGAUGAGAUGUUGCGCAACAAUUUUUCUCUUGAACUUCUUUUGUUCUCAAAUUGCCGACAGUUUCGUGAACUGCCACAAAGCCUGUACAAUCUGCGUUCUCUUAAGAGAUUAGCGAUUGACAGCUGCACCAAUUUCAGUUCCAUUCCUGUUCCCAGUGGAGAGAAUCAUUUGAUUUCCCUUCAAAGUCUUGUGUUGUCCAAUUGUGAUGGAUUGACCAAUUUACCAAGUGGAAUGCUAGAGCAUUGUCGGUCUCUGAAAUAUUUGAAGGUCAAGGGCUGUGGCAACUUCGUUUCCUUCCCUUUACAUUUUGGGGAAAUGCCUUCACUUUCAUUUAUGAAUAUAUCAGAAUGCCCCAAACUGAAUAGUGUACCCACAUGGGGGAUUCACCGUCUCACUGGGUUACGGGCAUUGCAUAUUGGUCCUUUCUCAGAGAUGGUGGAUUUUGAGGCAUUUAAUGGCAUUCAGCAGCUAUCGUCCCUUCAUACAUUGGGGGUGCACGGACGUGAGAACUUGGGUUCUUCUCUACCCCAUCAGCUUAUGCAACUCUCUUCCCUAAAAGAUCUUACAAUAGUUGAUUUCGAAAUCGAGGCUCUUCCUCAUGGUCUUGGCAAUCUUACUUCUCUUGAAAAAUUAACCCUACGGUGGUGCAAACGGCUACAACAUGUGGACUUCAUCAUAGAUGCUAUGCCCAAAUUACGGAGUCUGUGGAUCCUUAAUUGUCCAUUGUUAGAAGUUCUGUCGGAUGGGCUCGGCAACCUUGUUUCUUUGGAAUCGUUACUUUUAUUUUCCUGCGAAAAACUAAAGUAUCUGCCAUCCGGAGAUGCCAUGCGACGCCUCACCAAAUUAAGGAAGCUUUCUAUUAGUGGCUGCCCAGAGUUAGAUUUCCCAAACUCCCAGUGGUCAGAGAUUUCCCAUAUUCCCGGUGCAUUUCAUUUCUUAAAUCGAAGGCCGCGCUGGAACGUUGCUGCGGUAUAUCUAGUCAAAAUUCGUUGGUGGCAAUUACGUCAGGGUUGCUUAUGUUCCAUAGAAGAACCACCACGUUUAUUUUGUUGAUGAACAGACUCUUUCAUGAGCAUUUUGUACUUUGGUGAAGAUACUAAAGAAUAUGCAUGUGCUGUGCCGUUGAAUUCUGUUCAUGGGAUGAAGCUCAGAUAUUCUCAAUGAUGGUGGUAAACUAAAAUUGAGAUGCAGCUAUGCGGUAACUGUGGCACAAAGACAACAUCUCCUUUAACAGGAAAGCUAUUUAGCAGUCUCCCUUGGUGAAGACCUGGGACUUGAAUGGAAUGGUUGACCAGUUUGAGGGGGCACUCAUCCAUUUGGUUGAAGGAUUUUCUAUUCUGCUAAUUGGACCAAGAUUUCCGUGUUGACUAAUUUGAAGUGCACUGUGCUCUGAAUUUUGUUGAAGGACAAAAUCUUCGGCUAUAGACUCAUUACUGGACUCUUUCAUGAUUAUUUGAUCAAAUUUUACUGGAACUACAAAACAUAAAUAUCCACAUUCACGCCUCGGCCAUUGGGUACUGAACAACCUUUCUUGGAAACAAAUAGGAAGUCUACAUACAAGAAACAUCAAAAUACUAAAAGCACAUAGGGGGACAGAUUGGAACAUUUUGCACAGUGGUGCUUUUGGAGACUCUGAUUGCUCAAAGCUGGAAAAUUCAAGAAGUUAGUUUUUGUCCAUAGAAAGAUUGCAAAUGGAUAAUUUAUCUGUUCAUUAAAACUUUUGCAAUUGAAGGACUUCAACAAAGAAAGUUACAAAGGACCGUUCUGUCUUGAGUCUUGGCUGUUGUGUCCUAGCUCUCAAAAUAUCCUUAGCAGUACAUGUUCAUCUUUAUAGGUCUUGGUUUCUCCUAGAAAUCUCGUUUUCUUUUUCCCUAUCGGGUGCUUGUAAUGACCUGCUUUUUCCUUUCUCGAAGAAGGAAAUGUCUGCCAAAACUGACUUUUUACCGUUCAUGUGUUUUAGACUCAUGGUUGAAACACCAGAAUGGACCUUGUUGAAAUGCUAGGUUGGGGAAGACUUCCGUUAGAUGUGUUUCAGUGUCAUGAUUGGCAAGGGAAAUUGCAUUUCAUAAACUCGUUUGCAUUUGGCUGAAACUGGAUUGGAGAUAUUAUUUCCUUUUAUGUGGAUAAUUCACUUUGGUGGAUUUCUCUUCCAUGGCUGUAUGCUAUAGAGUUUCUUGGGUUUACAAUCUUAUGCAGAAGAAUUAGAAAGCCACUCACCAGGAGUACGUGAUGGACUACCCUCGACUAGUGCAAUCGUGCAUUAGUCGCUGAAACCUAAGCUUGAUCGUUCCAACGUGGUGCUGAGCUUGAACAGGAUCUCAUGUUUUUCUUAAUUGUUUGAUGUUCCAUGCUAGUAAUAUUAAUCUUUUCACAAUACUAUGAAAUUCUCUUAUUGCAGUAGUCAACUAUUUAUGAAAUUGUGUUGAAUGUUAAAUAUCA